GUUCAAAACGGCGCCCUCUGGUCCGCCACGUUCACAGAGAACAUUGUUCUGCUCACACUUCCGUGUGUGCUCAUAAGUAUCAUGCUCAAGAUUCCUACGGUCGCUGGCGAGUUCUCUUCCCUUGUACAUGACCUUAGCGUGGGUUUAUUCGGUGGCCAUGAUCGUUAAAGGCGUUGUUUCUGAGAAAGAGGCGCGACUGAAGGAGACCGUGAGAAUCAUGGGCCUGAGAAACGGCAUCUAUUGGCUGACCUGGGCGGUUUCCAGCAUGUUGCCGCUAGCCAUCAGUGCUUUUCUUCUAUCUCUGACACUCAAGUACGGCAAAGUCCUGCAGUACAGCGACCCCUCAGUGAUCUUUGUCUUCUUGCUGGUCUUCUGUUUGGCCACCAUCUCCCAGUGCUUCCUCAUUAGCGUCUUCUUCUCCAAGGCCAAUUUAGCGGCGGCGUGUGGCGGCCUCAUCUUCUUUCUCCUCUACCUGCCACACAGCCUCUGCUACGCCUGGAGGGACGUCAUGGGUUUCGGGGCCAAGGUGGCUGUGAGUUUACUGUCAUGUGUUGCCUUUGGUUACGGGUGCGAGAACUUUUCCAAAUAUGAGGAGCAAGGCGUCGGUAUACAGUGGCACAACAUUAUGAGGAGUCCCCAGGAGGGGGAUCCGUACACCUUCAUCAUCUCCAUCGCCAUGAUGCUCGCCGAUGCCGUCUUAUACUGGGUGCUAACCUGGUACAUUGAAAAUGUCUUCCCAGGUCAAUAUGGGAUUCCUAAGCCGUGGUACUUCCUGUUCACUUCCUCCUACUGGUGUGGGAUGACACCAGUAGCUGAAAACAGCCCCGAUCUGCUGACAGACUCUGGGGCGCACGUCGGAUAUUUUGAAAGACCACCUCCCAGUGUGAAAGCGGGGGUGUCGAUUCGCAAUCUUGUCAAAAUCUACAAGACCGGGAAGAAGCUGGCGGUGGACGGGCUGAGCGUGGACUUCUACGAGAAUCAGAUCACAUCGUUUUUGGGCCACAAUGGCGCUGGAAAAACGACCACAAUGUCAAUUCUGACCGGGCUGUUCCCCCCUACAUCAGGCACAGCCCUCAUCCACGGAUACGACAUCCGCACCGACAUAGACGGCAUCAGGAAGUAUUUGGGAAUGUGUCCGCAGCAUAACGUCCUAUUUAAUGAACUCACUGUGGAGGAGCACAUUUACUUCUACGCCAGGUUGAAGGGACGCAGUCGCAGUGAGGUCGACUCCGAGAUGGACCAGAUGAUUAAAGAUGUCGGUUUGCCACACAAGCGUAAGGAUCUUGCUAAGAACCUCUCAGGUGGCAUGCAGCGAAAACUCUCUGUGGCAAUAGCCUUUGUUGGCGGUUCAAAGAUUGUCAUCCUGGAUGAACCGACAGCAGGAGUAGACCCUUACGCUCGCCGGGGGAUUUGGGAACUACUGCUAAAAUAUAAACAAGGUCGCACCAUUAUUUUGUCAACACACCACAUGGACGAGGCAGACAUCUUAGGAGACCGCAUAGCCAUCAUCUCUCAAGGAAAGAUGCGAUGCUGCGGCUCCUCGCUCUUCCUGAAGAAGUGUUUCGGCAGUGGCUACUACCUGACUCUGGUCAGAGACGGAACAGAAAAGAUGACCAAUCAGCGUAAAAACAUCAAACAAAGUCUGUCCAAGGAGAGACAAAGGGAGACAGCCCGUCCUUCCAGGCAAAGUCCAGAUGAAGGCUUCGGAAGUCAAACGUGGGACAAUUCUGGCCGUACAGCAGAUCUUGAUGCUGUGACUCGGCUUGUGCGCCGCCACGUACCGGAAGCUGCGUUUUUGGAGAGCAUCGGUCAGGAGAUCACCUUCAUCCUGCCCUAUGGUGGAGCCAGAGACGGGUCCUUCGCCACCCUCUUCAGCAAGCUUGAUCUCGCUAUGGCUGACCUUGGCCUGACCAGCUAUGGCAUCUCUGACACCACACUGGAGGAGAUAUUUCUGAAAGUGGCAGAAGAAACCGGCGUGGAUGCAGAAGUGCCAUCAGCAAAGGAGCCAUUGGUUAGAGACUGGAAAAGAAGCUCCCGCGAAUCUAAAAGGAACAGCGUUGCCAGCGUCCGCGCCAAAUCGGAGCACAACGGGACGAGAGAAGUUAAAGAAAAAUUUUUAAACAAAGUUGAAGAUUAUAAGAAAAGCGCCAGCCUGAAUGGAAGAGGAUCCAUGGUCAUCACCGGUUGGAAGCUGAUCAGAACGCAGUUUGUGGCUCUCUUCAUCAAGCGCUUCCACCACGCCCGACGGAGCCGCAAGGGACUCAUUGCGCAGGUGGUCUUGCCUGCUUUCUUCGUGUGCCUGUCUCUGAUCUUCUCCCUCAUCGUUCCACCAUUCAGAGAAUAUCCGAGUCUGGAGCUGCAGCCGUGGAUGUACAGUCUUCCCCAAACCACAUUUUAUAGCAAUGACAUGCCUGAAAACUUGGAGGUGUCCAAGGUGACAGAAACUUUAUUGAACAACCCUGGUUUUGGGACACGUUGUAUGCAUGGAGAUCCGAUACCAGGUUUACCGUGUUCGCCGAAGUACUCUGAUUGGUUCACUCCAUCUGUGGAUCAGUCAAUCACAGACAUCUUCCUCAACGGGAACUGGAGCAUGGCUAACCCUUCGCCUUCCUGCCAGUGCAGCACUCCUAAACGGACGAUUUUGUUACCCGACUGUCCACCCGGAGCGGGAGGUCUCCCUCCGCCACAGAGAGUACAGAACACAACAGAAACUCUGCUGGAUUUAACUGGACGGAACAUGACAGACUUCUUGAUCAAGACUUUUGAGGACUCCGGAAAAAAAAGGUAUGGAGGCAUUUCUGUGGGAGCAGUCAACUCACAAGUCCGUCUAACCGAGACAGAGGUCGAGGAUGUCUUCAGGGAUUUGAAAAAUCUUUUUAACUCAUCUCAGGAUAACGUCACCGAUCAGACCCUGCAGAGAGCCGAGGCGGUGCUGAAGAAGCUUGGAACCAGGGACAAUGUCAAGGUGUGGUUCUACAAUCAGGCAUGGCACGGCGUGGUGUCCUUCCUAAGUGUGGCCAACAAUGGCAUCCUGAGAGGAAAUCUUCCCAAGGGAGAGGAUCCACGCCGCCAUGGCAUCUCCGUUUCUAAUCACCCCCUGAAUCUCACCAAGGAGCAGCUCUCCUCUGCAGCCAUGGCGACGACCUCUACAGACGUGGUGGUGUCCAUCUGUGUUAUUUUCGCCAUGUCCUUCAUCCCUGCCAGCUUCGUCCUCUUUCUAAUCCAGGAGAGGGUGAGCAAAGCCAAGCAUCUGCAAUUUGUCAGCGGCGUAAACCCGACCGUCUACUGGUUAACCAAUUUCGUCUGGGAUAUGUGUAACUACAUCGUGCCCUGCUUCAUCGUGAUCGUGAUCUUCCUCUGUUUUCAACAAAAAGCCUAUGUUUCACCUCCGAAUCUGCCCGCUUUGAUACUGCUCCUGAUUUUUUAUGGAUGGGCCAUCACACCCAUGAUGUACCCGGCCUCCUUCGUCUUUAGCGUUCCCAGCACGGCUUACGUGGUGUUGACCUGCGUCAACCUCUUCAUUGGCAUCAACGGCAGCGUGGCCACCUUCAUCAUGGAGCUCAUUGAGGACGAUAACAUAACCCGCAUUAAUGACAUAGUGAAGCAGGUGCUUCUGAUAUUCCCACAUUUCUGUCUGGGCAGAGGUCUUAUUGACAUGGCCAAGAACCAGGCAACGGCAACACUUUUCAUCAAUUUUGGGGAAGAUCGUUUUAAGAAUCCACUGAGCUGGGAUAUGGUGGGAAAAAAUCUCCUUGCCAUGUCCAUUCAAAGAGCUGUGAUGUUCAUCACCACCAUUCUGAUCCAGUACAAGUUCUUCUGCAAACCGAGGCUUGUAACACCAAAGCAGUCGGCUACAGAGGAGGAGGACGUCGACGUUGCCCGGGAACGCAAGAGAGUGUACGAAGGCAGAGCUCUGAACGACCUGUUGAAGAUCAGUGACCUCACAAAGGUAUACCCUGGGAAGAAAACCCCUGCUGUGGACCAGCUAUGCGUGGGCGUGCCUGCUGCAGAGUGUUUCGGCCUGCUGGGGAUCAACGGCGCUGGGAAAACCACGACAUUCAAGAUGCUGACGGGAGACAUCCCAGUCUCCAGCGGAGAGGCCUUUCUAAACGGAUACAGCAUUCGGACAGAAAUGAGACAUGUUCACCAGAACAUGGGUUACUGUCCCCAGUUCGACGCCAUUGAUGACCUUUUGACUGGACGAGAGCAUCUGGAGUUUUAUGCUCGGCUAAGAGGGGUACCAGAAGACGAGGUUGCCAUGGUGGCCGAGUGGGGGAUUCAGAAGCUGGGGCUGAUCAAGUACGCCAACAAGUCAGCAGGAACCUACAGCGGCGGGAACAAACGUAAACUUUCCACAGCGAUGGCCCUGAUCGGGUGUCCGCCAGUGGUUUUCUUGGAUGAGCCAACCACCGGGAUGGACCCCAAAGCCAGACGCUUCCUUUGGGACUGCAUCCUGAGUGUCAUCAAAGAGGGACGCUCAGUCAUUCUCACAUCGCACAGCAUGGAGGAGUGCGAAGCGCUGUGCACUCGCAUGGCCAUCAUGGUAAACGGCCGUUUCAAAUGCCUCGGAAGCAUCCAGCAUCUGAAAAACAGGUUUGGCGAUGGCUACACGGUGAUCGUGCGCGUUGGCGGCUCCCCUCCUGCCCUCAGACCAGUCGAGGACUUCGUCCGGCUGACUUUCCCGGACAGCGUUCUCAAGGAGAAACACCACAACACACUCCAGUACCAACUCCCAUACACGCAGGGAGCUUUGGCCAGCAUCUUCAGCCAGUUCACCAUAAAUCAGGGCAGGCUGGCCGUGGAGGACUACUCCGUAUCCCAGACAACUCUGGAUCAGGUCUUUGUGAACUUUGCGCGCCACCAGCACGGGGAGGAUGACUCUCAGGCCCACAGCAACCCGGUCGACAUCACGGACGAGAUGCCGCUCAGGUCGCUGCGGAGACCCCGAGGAGCGGAGAGCGCCUGAUGGAGAAAUCGACGUAUCGGACCAGAAUGAAUCGGCAAUAAAUCUCGGGGAAAAAAAAAA